CGAGUAUAUUGUUCAUUUUCAUACAAUCAAAAGCGCACAGCAUCAGUUUACAGUUACCUUGCCAGACUGUUUGUUGUAAAGUGGCCGGGCUCUAAUAUUUAAUAAUGGCAGAAGGGGCGGUGCUGACUCAAAUCCGUAGAUUCAAAUGCACGUGCUCGUACGAUGGUACGGCUUUCUCCGGUUGGCAAUCACAGACCGAGAAAAACCUGGUUACCGUACAAGGGGUUUUGUCAAACCGUCUGACGAAGUUUCUGAGGGAGCCAACACGUGUCAUCGGAAGUGGUCGUACUGAUGCAGGCGUGCACGCCAUCGCUCAGGUUUUUCAUUUCGAUUUAAAUGUAUAUGAACCACCUGCGAGAGAAUGUGCUCUUGAUCUAUCACAAGUGGUGGAAACGGUCAAUUCGGAGAGCACAGAACAGGGUGAAACACAGACUGUGGCGCAUGACGAGUCGAAUGCUCAGAAAGCGCCUUAUAGCCAUCAAGAUGUUAUCACUGCAGACCGGCGAGACUCGCCAAGCCAUGAUGAACAUCGACAAGGUCAACAACAACCAUCGGACCCAAAGAAUGCGCACGGAAGCGAUGCCGUAGGAACGAUGAACAAAAAAAAGAAACCGAAAAACGAGGCCGGAGGCAAACACUGGGGCAGGGGCGCGAUGAUAGAAGAACUAUGUGCGAGUCCAGACGCUGCCUUUCUGCUCCUGCGGGCGCUACGGUCCAUUCCUGGCAUCCAGGAGGGGUCGUUGAGUGUAUUUGAUGUGGUGGAGAAACCCGAUACCUUCCACGCACGCCUGUCCGUGUCUAAUAAGCGAUACCGUUAUGUGAUACGGGAAGACUCGGCGUCGCCGUUUGAGGACAGAUACUGCUGGGCAUUGUGUCUCGAUCGCAACACCAGCAACAAACGACUAGACAUGUCUAAGCUACGAGCGGCUAGUGCUCAUGUUCUGGGUCCGCACGACAUGCGCAACUUCGCCAUCCUCGCCGAGAGAGACCCACGAAGUCCUGUGCGCAAUAUCACGAGACUGGAUAUAGACGUGUACGAUAUACAACUAGAUCCUAUAUAUACAAUGCAGGCACCCAUGUCUGCGGAGUAUGAUGCCGAAGCUGUCUUGGAGCGGCCACGCGCGGUUGGACUAGAUACCAUGCAGAAGAACGGUAGACCGUGUCGUAAAGUGGUCAUUACGGUAGAAUGUGACUACUUCCUCAUGCGUAUGGUAAGAAUGCUAGUUGGCACUCUUGUGGAUGUGGGGCUGGGUGCUUUGUCGGUGGAAGACUUCGAGAAACUACUGACACCGGAGUUUGCUAGCGAUACUGCUAUGAGCGAUAGUACGAGUGCUUCUCGCCCCGCUAUUGAUAAUACUAGUACGGGUAUUGGUAAGUCACAUGCGGGAUCAGCCAACGCCGGUGUUCAUAGGCGACCAAAAGCGGUACGCACAGCGCCGGCAAGAGGCUUAUUCAUGGUCUGUCCACUGUACGAUGGUGUAGGUACGGCCAUAGGGUGAACAGGAAACAGUUCGGACGAUUUCCGGAUCUGUUGGCGAGUUUUGCGCAUGUAGCACUGUUGAUGCAGUAGCACGAGUGCGAUAUUGUAAAGGUGGGUUGGCAGUGCCGAUACCGACCAGGAUUAGACGGCCCAUAUAUCUAGUAUAUGACUUGAUUUGGCACCAUGCAUUUGCUGUACUUUGGGUUGUGCAUGUGACGUGCUCAGGUUCAUAUUACACAGAGGCCAUGGAAAGUUAGCCGGGUUUGACCGUUAGCGGCGGAUGCGGCAAUAACUUGCUCGAGUCAUAAUCAAAGUGCCUUCCCAGCUCUUACGCAAGGAAGAAUGCUUUUGAUCGGUGUACAUUUGCUCAUCGUCAGGCUCAAAUCGGUUUUAUCUGUCGGUUGCUCUGAACAUUUGUACUAUGUCAACACUUCUGAGUAGAUUGGGUAUCUACUUAUGGACAGGUCAGAAAAUAGCACUCGGGCGGACGGGAUUUCUCACAUCGGAGUUCCGAUCAAACUUGAGGCCAGAGAUUAAUGUAUCGAGUAUCUCUAAUGCAAUCCAUCCCCGUGAGCGUAUGCAAGAUAAAUUGAUUUCAUGCAUGCAAAUU